AUGACAAGCUCUAGAGAGGAAGAAGCACCUUCAGCCAUUUGCCAAGCCAAGACCCUGAGGCUACCAACCAAGAAGCUUAGAAAAUCAUCCAAAGUCCACGACCAUGGCUCAUUAGCAAUGGCUCAAAAUCUUACAGAGGAUGAAGAAACAGUGGAAGAUUCAAAAAUUGAGGAUGAAGAUGAUGAAGCUGAGGUUGAAGAAGAUGAACCCACAGAUUUGGCAGAAGAUAAAGAGGAAGAAGAUGUAUCUGGUGAACCUGAAGCUUCACCAAGUGCAGAUACAAUUAUCCUAUUUGUAAAAGGAGAAGAUUUUCCAGCAAAUAACAUUGUGAAGUUCCUGGUAGGCUUUACAAACAAGGGUACAGAAGAUUUCAUUUUUGAAUCCUUAGAUGCCUCAUUCUGUUAUCCUCAGGACUACCAGUUUUAUAUCCAGAAUUUCACAGCUCCUACUUUGAACACUGUAGUGCCACCCCAGAGACAAGCAACUUUUGAGUACUCCUUCAUUCCUGCAGAGCCCAUGGGGAGACGACCCUUUGGUCUAGUCAUCAAUCUCAACUAUAAAGAUUUGAAUGGCAAUGUAUUCCAAGAUGCAGUCUUCAAUCAAACUGUUACGGUUAUUGAAAGUGAAGACGGGUUAGAUGGAGAAACAAUUUUUAUGUAUAUGUUUCUUGCUGGUCUUGGGCUUCUGGUUGUUGUUGGCCUUCAUCAACUCCUGGAGUCUAGAAAGCGCAAGAGACCCAUACAGAAAGUAGAAAUGAGUACAUCAAGUCAAAAUGAUGUUGACAUGAGUUGGAUUCCUCAGGAAACUUUGAAUCAGAUCAAUAAAGCUUCGCCAAGAAGGUUGACCAGGAAACGGGCACAGAAGAGAUCAGUGGGAUCUGAUGAGUAAAUGUUCCUUUGUGCAACAAUUCGGUCUUUACUUAACCUGCCCUAAUGUUUUCGGCCUGAUGGGAAUUAGUGCAGAGAAGCCAUAUUACCAUAGAAGGCAACUACUACUUAUGUGUGGACUGAGAAAUCAGAGUCUGUGGCGAAAAUAUGCUGACAAUGCACUGCACUCGUUUUUCUAAAGUAACAAACUUGGUUUUUUUAAAACCAUUAAAAUUUGUGUGUGCGUGUGUAUGUAUGUGAGCAGUUGGUCUUACCAGAAUCAUUGUUGAACAACCUGCAAUAAGCCUUUAGAAUGCUAAA